AUGGUCGAUCGAACCGAUCAAACCAAUGAAAAAAGCUACCGGUUCUUUCGCCGGCCCGGUUUCCCGUUCAUGGACCGCAACACGCCUUUAGGUUUUGGUCCAGGCUCUGAGCGGCUUUUAUCUAGAGCUUUGAGCAAUCACCCAGUGGCAAUGGCAGUAGCUGUAGCUAAGAAGCUCCUAUCACAGUCUCCACUUGCUAUAGUACCGAAGUCACUGCCCAUCUUCUCUUACAUCCCCUCUACACUAUGCGUUUCCCAUAUAUCGACUACUGUAGCUGCUAGUGCUCUUACUACAUGCACUUCUGGUAGAAGCAAAAAGAAGAAGGUCAAACAGAAGAACAGGGCCGCGGCGUCGGCUGCAGAAGUGGCGGUUAAGAAGCGACGCGCUCAGAUAGGGAGUUCGAUGAGGAGUCCUUUUUACGGCACGGAGACAGCGGUGCCGCCCAUAUCCCGGUUAUGCUUGGUGAAGUCUUGGAGGUCUUCGCUUCGUUGCCGAUUCGCUCCUUCAUCGACUGUACGCUUGGGGCCGCCGGUCACUCCUCUGCAGUCAAAUGGUGCGCCUAUGCGUGAAAGACGCUGUUUAACUGAACCUCGACAUGGUUCUGUGGUGGUGGAAAUGAACAAGUGUUACUAA